GCUUGGUGUCACUCGCUGUCCCAGGAUGGCUUCUUCAUCCCUGACGAACCUCUCGACUCUGCCGAUAAGGAGGAGCAGGCUCCUACCCUUGACCUGGGUGAUCUGAUUCAAGACGACGCAUACGAAGACUCCCCGUCCAACACAGACAUGUAUUCAUCUCUUCCUCGGGUGUCCGUCUCGGUCACCAAACCUAUCCCGCCACCGCUAUCGCAAGUCCGGCGCGACCCGCCCCCCGCCGCUCUGCAGUCGGUCGUAUAUCCUCCGAAGGAGUCAUGCUCAAAUCUCCCGAUCAUGUUUCCGUCCAUCCCGGAGGGCGGCACCAAGUCUCGCGUCGAGACGCAGGUCCGCCUCACUGUCGACCUUGCUCACGCAAGUUCAUCAUCGGGAGAUCCUUUGAAUUAUGACCGAGUCGGUAGUUGGAAGUGGCUGCGUUUGCCCAAGGGCACUAGCACCAAGCGACGAACCCGCAAGGAAGGAAAAAUAGACGCGAUACCCGAGGAUGCUCUUCACUUGGCCACGGAAAUCACCUGCGCCACUCCUCCGCACACAAAGGUGACAUGCUGCACUAGCUGUCAGGCUCGCGAGGCCAAGCGCGUUGAGCGCAAGCUCGCCGCGCGAGUCAGGCCCGCCCGUUCGGACGACGAGAGCACGGAAGAGCCCCUCGUUAUCCCGGGUCGGGGCAAACAUGAGGACACCACAAAACUCAUCCAAUUCAACUGCCCGGAAGUCCUCGAUAUCUCGUCAGGAACGGUCGUUCUUCCCCUUCGUAUAACGUGCUACUGUCGUCACCACCGAGAGAAGACGGGUUUUAACGUGCAUUUCACUAUGUUCGAUCAUACUGGUAGGAUCGUCGGCUCUGGUGUCACUCGUCCGAUCAUGAUAACAGACGACCACAAGAGCACUGGGGUUAACAAAGCUGGGAGUAGCGCCGGCCAAACCCCUGAUUCGGACUGGGCCUUUCGUUCUCUUGGGGAUCGGUCAGACGCCGGUGGCUCCCCAUUGGCCAAGCGCAAGGCCGGCGAGGAGCGUGCCUCCAAGAAGAGGACAAAGCCCUACGACGGCAGGCGGUCGGGCAAACUAUCGCGACGAACUAGCAUUGGCAGCCUCAACUCGACUGUCCCUUCUGCUCUCGCCACCCGGGCAUCUACUCCUGCGCUCAGCCACGGAGGUAGCUCGCCCGAACAUACCCAGAGGCAUGAGCCAGGGACCCCUGACUUCAGCGACCAUGGGGCACCUGCAGUAAUCCCCAGCAUGCUACCCUCCGCGAUUGCCCCGCCCAUCGUUGCAAACGAGUCCCGUUCGUUUGACGACAUCCUCAUGGGGGAUGUGAGCUCAGUUAACGGAACCGACCCUUCGCUCGCCUCGAUAUCUCACGCGAGUUUCUUGGCUCAUGACAUAUCGCCGGCCAUCUCUUCGUCCAUGCAUUCGCCAGAACUCAUGACGAUGCCUGCACCGCAGCCGCUCGAGAUUGCGCAGUCCCUGCAAUACCUCUUCAACACCGCUGAACCCUCCCCAAUCUCUACUCUGCCACAGCCGAAGAUUCAUCGUCUUAUCCCUUCACAAGGACCUACGUACGGCGGUGUCGAGAUCACCAUAUUGGGCACCAACUUCCACCCCAACAUGCAACUAAACUGCGUCUUCGGCGAUGUUUGCUCGACCUCGACCCAACGGUGGAGUGACAACACUCUUGUUUGCAUCUUGCCACCGAGUCCCACACCGGGUGUUGUCGCGGUUUGGUUUGAUGGCAUCCAGAAGGAAGACGGGUCUCCUCCGACGCUGUUUGCGUAUCAAGAUGAGACUGAUAGGGCGCUCAUGGAGCUUGCGCUUCAAGUCGUCGGUCUGAAAAUGACUGGCAAAAUUGAAGAUGCUAGGGAUGUCGCCAUGAGGAUUGUCAACACAACAGGUCCGGACAACAUGGGUGCCACGAUGACUAGUGCGCCGAACUCUGGCAUGCAGAUGGCCGGUUCAUCGCGCUUUUCUGCCGACCUCCUCCAUCUCCUGCGUGCCCGCACAAGCGAAUCAAGUGACUUCGAGAAGCUCAUCUUGGACUUCCUCUCCGUCCUGGACACACCUCUCUCUGUUCCUACAUGCAGUAUCACCUCCAUUAUCUCGCACACUACCAGUAGCGGACAGACUAUGCUGCACUUGGCAACUUUCCUUGGUUUCAGUAAGGUCAUUUUGUUUUUGCUCAAGCACCACAUCGACGUCGAUGCUCGCGACAACAAUGGCUUCACCGCUCUGCACUUCGCCACCCUUAAGAACAACGUUACCUGUGCACGUUUGCUAGUUGAGGCCGGUGCCGCUCUCGACAUAGUCAAUGCCCUUGGCAAGACCGCUGCUGAAAUCGCGCUACCUGGUCUUUUCGAGGACCUUUUCAUCGAAGACCCCUUUGCCGACGACGAAGAUAGCACUGGUGAUCGCAGUACGGACGACCACGACGAUGAAGCCGCAUGGGGCGAUGUCGAGGGGGCUUCCGACGAGGGCGACUCUCCCGUGCGGUCUGCUCGACGCCGCCGAACCGAGCGCAAGUCAUCCCUUUCGAAGGAGAAGAAUAUCCCCAAUCACGUCUCGUCGUCUGAGGAUGAUAGCCCAGUAUCGCGAUCUCCGGCAUCGAAGAAGGCAAAGGAAGCCAGCAUCGUUGACGAGAAGCAGAUGGCUGCGUCGAUUAUGGAGAUGGUUCAGCGUACCUUCGCGCAGCUGCAGCAUCCACAAGGCAUGAUGCAGAACAUCCCCUUACACCUUCCAGGUAUGCCCGCCUGGGGUGCGCUUCCGCAGAUGCCUGCCGUGUUCCCGGUUUUCGUCCCAAUGCCGACGCUACUCUGGGGCGAUCGUCGGCCAGACACGACCCAAUCCGAGAGUGACACAGACCGAGCAGGUCGCUCCCCGCAAUGGCUCGGCAUCCCCACCGGCCAGGAAUGGAAGGCGAUCUGGGAGCGCUGGGCGCUUUCCGCCCGACCCCCGACCGACGACGCGCCUCCGGCUUAUACGCCGCGCUCCACUGAAGAGGUUGAAAACCUUAAGGUCGCGCCUACUACAAAGGACUCUUUCACACCCGCGACUGUUCCCGCUCCUGUUCGUCGCGUCGGCUACGAAGCCGCCCCCCUUCCCGAGCAAGAGGUCAAGUCGUACGGCUACAGGCCAGCCAAGAAGCAGUCGCGGAAGCAGCAGAAGAAGCAUGAUCACAUGCUCAUUUUGUUCUGGAUUCCAAUCCUGCUUAUCGGCCUUAUUUGGGCUCUCAUGCAUUCCAUGCGGGUCGGAUUCCACGCCAUGAAGGCGGUUCUUAGCAUCAAAGCUGGCCUACGGGCUUAGACGUCUCUUACUUCCCCAUCCUCCAAUCAUGUAGGUGUAUCGUCUAGUACUGUUUACCUUAAGACUCCAGUAUCUGUAGACUUAGUUCCCUCCUUAGUUCGAUUCUAUCUGGCAGUGUUUAACAUUUCAAGCUGCGUCGUUCGUUUCGUUUUCACCUACAUCAGGAUUCCGAGUUAUUAAGCUAGAGUGGUUCUCUGGAUUGUAUGUGCACUCUCUACGAACGGUAUUUUACAGGUCUGCGCCUCGGUGUACAAUAUACAUGAUGACGCCUAUACCCGUAUAAGCUGCUUUGCGAGUGCAGUUAUAUUGCUAUGAAGUGCUGUGGAUAGCACGAAGCCAAGCAUAAUGCCGACAGAGAGAACAAGCCACCACUCCGGUGACCCUCUGCGCGUGGCGAGAGUGUUGUUGGGGUUUAGCCCCACGUCCGACAUAACCUUGUGUACAAGGCCUUGAGUGGCCCUAUGGGAUACCUGCUUGAACCCAGGCAGACCGUCCAUAGACCAGGUGUUAUAAUGCAGCCAGUAGAUUUUGAGGCCCUUCUUCGCCGGGAGGGAAAAUGGGUCCUCCUGCUCACGGUCGUUCUUCUCCAGGGUCGUAGCCCAGUUUUUCAGCACAUCACGGUGUCCCUCGAAUUUAUAGAAGGGGACGGCGUAACCGCACGAGGUUCCUAUCUUCUCGAUAUCGAGCCAGAUGAUAGCGCGAGCCCCGGGCUGGUUCUCAGGCGUUGGCCAACCGUAUGCGCUCUGCCCCUCGCUUAGGAGCCGGUCAUACUCGGGAGUGCCACGUUCGAUGACCCUGCCGCGACCAAACAUCCGCAAGAUCCGUGGUGGGCCAACGAAGGCCUCGAACAAGAUCGUCAUGCGUGCGUUCCCUGGCUCGUAGAUGUGGGAGAUAGUCUCAUUGCCAGAGCCGGUGAGAUCGAGGUACCACACCGCCUUGCUGUUGACCAGUUUGAAAGUAGGCUGCCCCUUGGGCGAAACGUUGACGUGUCCACCGUGUAAGGGAGCAGUAGCAACAUGGAAGAGCUGUUGAUCCCUGACCCACUGUAUGAGCUUCGGGUCGUCUGGGAUCUCGUCGUAGAAUUGGACCAUGGCGUGUUGUGUGUACCUGCAGAUGG